AUGGCGAGCAAAGGCGGAUCGCAUAGCAGGAUUGGUGGUUACACCAAGAGCACUUCUACUGUUCAUAUGGCACCUCGACAAUCUCCUCUCGUUCAUAUCGAAAAGCCCGCAUCAGGGCUUCGUCCAGGAGUUGGUUUGCCGAAGUAUGAGGUCCCUGACGAUGAAGGGAAUUCGAAGGGCCGUCCACCAGCGAUAAGGGUGGUGCGUUCGCAUACGGCUGACCGGUCUAGCAGCGCCUCACCGUUGAAUGAAGUAGAAUUGGAAAGUGGUGCCUCGUCGGUGGUUGGUGAUAGAGAUUAUGAAGAGCAUGUCCGGUCGGCCGAUGUUACACGGAUUGGUGUGUCUGAGGAUAGCAGUACUACUAGAGGCGAUAGUGCGAUGAAAAAUGAAAGUCAAAUAGGAGACGAUGAUGGAGGGGUUGAUGGGGAGCCUUUAGAUGAUGGUGAAGAGAUAGAAACCGAAGAGGAAGAAGAGGUUUUUAAGGAGACUCCUGAGAUGAGUAACUGCAAGGCUCUGUCGCCGGUGAAGGAAAGCGAGGGAAGUUGUGAUGCAUUUGCAUUCUUUGGGUUGGACGAGAAGUGUGAUAUAGCGGAUCUGAAGAAGGCGUACAAGGAGAAGUCUAGAGAGCUGCAUCCUGAUAAAGGUGGAGAUGAGGAGGCGUUUGUUGAUAUGAAGGCGAAGUAUGAGGAUAUACUACUGAGUGCUGAUGGUUGUGAGGAUUUGGAGGAGUCCAAAGAGAAGGGGUCCAUAGGGUGGGAUCCAGCGAAGCGGGAGACUAUGGUCAAGGCGCUGUUCGAACUGCGGCAUCAGGUUAUUCUUAUUGAGCAAAAGAUCGAAAAUUUGGAGGAGGAGUUGAAACGUGUCCAAGUGAAAAAGGCUUCGGCGUGCAGUAAGACCAAGCAUAUGCUGCCCUCUUUGGAGGAGUCGAUGGCAUCAUGA